CCAGACGGGAUCACAGAGUGUGAUUCUAAGAUCAUCUUUUUUCACUCAGCCUUGUCCUUUAACAUCCAUUCAACUGUUUCAUGCAUCAGUUGUUCUUUGAUGUUACUGAGUAUUGUGACACAGUUUUUGUUCCUUUCUCAGUCAGUAUUUGUUGUUGCUUGGGGUUCUUUUAGUCAUUCACCUACUGAACAGCAUUUAGGCUGCUUCUGCAUUUGAAUAUUACAGAUAAAGCUACUGCAAAUAAUGUCUAGAUUUGAGGGGUUUUUUCUUUUUGCUUGUUUGUUUACUUGUUUGGUUUGCUGUUUUGAGACAGGAUCUUGCUACUCAGUUCAGGCAGGCCUGGAACUCACUAUACAGCCCUGGAUGGCCUUGAACUUGGUUUGAUCAUCAUGCAUCAGCCCCUUGAGUGCUGGGAUUACAGGUGAAUGCCAUCAAGCAGCAUCGGAUUUUGUGUGAGCUCCCAGGGACUACACAGAGGCUGAUGAGCACAGAAUGAAAGAGUCGCAGUAGAUGGGGUCACCCUGCACUUCCUCUCGAGGACAGAAGACAUCUAGCCCAUCUGCCAGGGUUCUGGCCCCUGUGUGCCCAGUAUGAACACGUGCUGACGGGCACCAUGUGGUCACAGCCGAUGGAGAAGUGCAACGCAAGCGCUUUUGAAGGCUUCAUCCUGGUGGGCUUCUCGGACCGUCCCCGCCUGGAGCUGGUCCUCUUCGUGGUGGUCCUCACCUUCUAUCUGUUCACUCUGCUGGGCAAUGCGGCCAUCGUCUGGCUUGCGGCCCUGGCGCCCCGGCUGCACAGCCCCAUGUACUUCUUCCUGGCCAACCUCUCCUUCCUGGACGUGUGUUUCACCACGGGCUCCGUCCCUCAGAUGCUCUACAACCUGCGGGGCCCGGACAAGACCAUCAGCUACGUGGGCUGCGCCGUCCAGCUCUACUUUGUCUUGGCCCUGGGAGGCGUGGAGUGUGUCCUCCUGGCCGUCAUGGCCUAUGACCGCUACGCCGCGGUCUGCAGACCCCUGCACUACACGGCCAUCAUGCACCCGCGGCUCUGUGGGCAGCUCGCCUUCGUGGCGUGGCUGAGUGGCUUUGGCAAUUCUCUCAUAAUGGCACCCCAGACCCUGAUGCUGCCCCGCUGUGGGCACAGGAGGGUGGAACACUUUCUCUGCGAGAUGCCAGCACUCAUUGGCAUGGCCUGUGUGGACACCAUGGCCCUGGAGGCCCUGGCUUUCGCCCUGGCGAUCUUUAUCAUCCUGGCACCGCUCGCCCUCAUCCUCAUCUCUUAUGGCUACAUCGCCAGAGCGGUGUUUCGAAUCAAGUCAGCCGCGGGGCGGAAGAAGGCCUUCAGCACCUGCAGCUCCCACCUGAUCGUGGUCUCGCUCUUCUACGGCACCAUCAUCUACAUGUACCUGCAGCCCGCAAACGCCUACUCCCAGGACCAGGGCAAGUUCCUCACGCUUUUCUACACCAUCGUCACCCCCAGCGUGAACCCCCUCAUCUACACGCUGAGAAAUAAAGACAUGAAAGAGGCCUUUAAGAAAGUGUUAGGGAAGGGAAAGCAGGAUAGUAAAGACUGACUAGCAACUUUAUAUAGUUGUUCGACUUGGUAGCAAAUAAAGGAAUAUUCUGGCAUUACAGACUGAAGACACACUUUUAAAUGAUUGGAAAUUGGUAAUUCAGCUACAAGGAGAAGAUGAGAAUGAUUGGAAAUCCGGUGGCUUAGCUACGAGAAAAGGAAACAUUCUGCCUAAGCCUUCAGUUAUGGUGUCUCUUCAAGUUCCUCUAAAUCAAGCAUUCCCACCAAGAGGGCACUGAUCAGGAUAGCACAAUGAACAGCCAGCCCAUGCUUGCAAAAUGCCAGCCAUGAAUGUGCUCAGCAAGUACCUUUGUUCCUAUGCCACUUUCUAGCCAGUGAUUUACACUUAAUAGGUCCUCAACAGAUAUAAAAAGUAAGAUCUUAGAAGCAUUUUUCUAGAAAAGUCAAAUGUGCCAAAUGCGUGAAAGACAAUCAAUGUAAAUUGUUCAGUUAUUGAGCUUUAGCACCUCCAGUGUCAUGGACUUGUGGAUCCUGCAUAUUUUACUUACAGAACUGAAUUUAGUGACAGGUACAUUUGACUGUCUGAGGCAUCAGAGAAUGAGGAAGAUAGGAAGCAAGAUGUGUGGUAUUUGCUUUACACAAAAGGAAGAACUUCUUGUCAACAAUAAUGACAAGCGAUGGCUGAGGGGUCUUCUUAGACUGUUUGAAGUUGACUUGAUCUCUACUUUUCCCGUGUUAGCAGGAUAAGCUGCACAGAGGAAUAAAGCAAUACGAUGAACUGUUGGGAUCCUCGUGAUUGAUUAUUCCCUCCAUGCUGGUAACUCCUUCACUUUUGCACUAGUGACAGGCCUACAUCCCGUCUGAUGAUGGAGAUUGAUUGGGUGGCUGGUGCAAAUGAAUAAGUGCUCUUCUCAAAGGUAACUGUGUUCCUCACACCUGACAUCAUCUGGGCGAAGCCCAUGUCAGAGCUUAUGGAAACCUGUAUCAUGUUAAAGUGUCUGCAAGUAAAUAAGGGCCACAGUAUCUGAGCACAUCAUCAGUGCUGCAGUAAGAGCUACAUUAAGGGUGGGGUUAGUCUCAUGGAACCAGAAAAACCUUGAGAAGGUUACUUAAUGCAGAGGUCCCUGGGGGUGGGGUACAGCUCAGCGGCACAGCACCUGCCUGGCAAGCACAGGACCCUGAGUUCGAUUCCUGGUAUUAAGAUAAAAUAUAGAGGUCCUAGAAAUAGACCAUAUGACUAAUAAAUUUUCCUCAAAGCAUGUAAUUAUCAGUCAUGAUGUGCAUAUUUUCUUAUUUUGUAGUAUUAACUCUUCUAUUUUCUCUAGACAGAUGAGAUUAGAUUAGAGUAUGAGGACUAGUUAGUGUUUAUGAGAAUGGGUAACUGAUUUAGUUUUGAUUAUGGAGGGUACCCUGCUAUUCCCAUAGAAAGGCAAAAAUGUUAGGAUAUGUUUGUUUCCUCCUAUUUUAUUACCCUAAGUAAAACAUGAGAUUAGCCAUGUGACAUUUGCAGGGAGGGGUACCAGGGAUCAAACUCACAAUCUCACACUUGGCAGGCAGACACAGUGCCACUGAGCUAUAUCCCCAGCCCUUCAUGGUGACAUUUAAGGGAUCCUUAAAUAAGGAUCUGGCAUUUCCCAUCUCUUCAACCAAAACACAACUUAAUAGUAUGAGUUCUCCUGGCAUAAAAAGGAACUAUGCAUCUCUAAAUCCUUCAGAAUCUUUCUCUCGAGGAAUUUCAUCACAUUCCUGUAUUGUUCAGAUGCGCAUUGCUUUCAAGUUAACAUUUUAUAGUAGGAGCAGGAAAUCAAGAGACAGGAUAUAACUUCUAUUGAUAUGUUAAUCUUGGAAAACUUAUGGAAUUCCUGAUCAACUUUUUGAAAUUUGACAUAUGCUCCACAAAGUUUUUGUUUUGUUACUGUUGGUCCCGCCCCCAAAAAAAUAUGCCUUUAGUUUGGACUUUACAGUUGCAGGGUAAGUUCUUGAGAGCAGAUUUGGAGACAGAGAUUGGGAUGCAGGAGUUUAUUACGGGGCUCUGUUAGUUACUUUUCUCAUUGCUGAGGCAAAAUACUUGACACCCAGAGUUAAAGGAGGAAAUAUUUAUUGUAGCUCGCAGUUUGCAGCUUCAGUGCAUAAGUGACUGGCUUCAAGGCCAGGCGGCAUGGCAGAGAGCAUCACAAAAGAGAAACAGGUCAUGAUGGGCAGAAGGCAGCAAGGCAGUAAACAAUGAAACAGCAAAGCAGAAGCCUGUGUCUCCCUUUGCUCCCUUCAGGCUGCCCGCCCCUUGGUGGUGCCACUCACACCCAAGGUGGGUCUUACCGUUAUCCACAUCCAGAACUAUGCCAAAGCAAUCAGUGGGCUAAUUCAGUAAUCAUACACCUUUAACCCCACCAUCACACACUUAUUCCCAGCAUCACAUACCCUAGAUCUGGCCACCUUGGAAAACUCCCAACUAUGACUGCAUGAGGCUCUGGGGAGACAUCUAGACACAAGCCAUAACAGAGGUGAUCCUUAUAAAACACUUGGGGAAACAAGACUGGGCAGAGGUAGAGGUUGAUCUUUAAUGCAUUUCCAAAGAAGAUCCCAGAAGAUCCCAGAGGAAACUGUGAAGCUGACAUGCCUCUUUAAAAUUGUCUGUCCUUGAACUCAAGGGACAGGCUUUUAUUCAAUCAUUCUGUUUGGUUAUUAUCUGUCCCUGCCUUGGAAAAAGGAAUCUCUUCAGGAAAGUUGGUCCCCUCCAGCUGAGACAAUCCUUAAAGAAAGUUGACAGGAGAUAAAUAUGUUAUUUUUUUCCUAGUAAGCUCAGGUGGCACGUCACAGCACCUAACAAAGUCCACUUUUGAUCCACCUGGAGGCAUUUCUUCAUCUUUGUUCUUGGAAUGGCCCUUCUAGGACACAAUGAGACUUAGCUCUCUGGGGGAAAUUUAGACUAAGAAGGUUAAUGAAAUGAGCAACAGCUUUCAUGUUUUAGAAACUCACACUGAUAGGCAUCAUGCCUUUGCCUAUUAUCCAUUCCAGAUUUUCUUUACCUUCAAUGAUGGUAGGAACCUAAACAGAUUGUCUGACUCAGACCCUGAUUCCUGGUAGAACUCCCCUCUGGUCAUCAGAUCUGACUUAAUUCACUUGUCCAUUUAAAAUUGGUAAGGACUUGCCAACAGUUGCCAAAGUAGAUCAUCUAGGUGCCAAAAAUCUUAUUUCCAGUCCCUGUUAUACAGCAUCUGUAUCCCCCUGGAUGACAGAGUACAUCACCCCUGCCAAGGCGGUGACUCCACUUUCUGCCCACCAGUAUCCUGGCUCAAAAAGCUUUAUACAUUAGACUCCCGCUGUAUUCCUUGCUGAAAGUUUAGUUCCUUUGAAAACCAUACCCAUAGCCCAUAAAACCCCAAAUUAUGGGAAUAAGAAACCAAACUUCAUAGAGCGUAUCACUGAGAAUGAUGAGGAGGACAGCUAUUCCUGCUUUGCUCCGUGCAUUCUAUACAUGGGAGACAAAACAUACAGAAAGCAUCUACUGCUCCUUGGAGCACUGCUCCCAUCUUAGAAAAGUGUUACCUCCAAAGUGGUCCUUUAAUAUAUUAUAGUAACCCACUUUGACUUUCCAUUAUCUUGAUUUGAAGCCCUGUAUUACUCUCACCAUCUUGUUGACUGAUGUCCCCCUAUUCUGUUUUGAUGGAUAGUACCAGGUUCGAAAGUUUAGGCAACAGCUGUGAAGAUAGUGAGAUUCAUUAUGACGCCCAUUCUCGAUGACUUUUAUCUACUUUUGAAGACCUACAAUGUCUCCAAUGUUUUGGUUUUGUCGGUUUUGUUCUUUACUGUUUUGUUCAAUUUUAUUAUAACUGAUGAUAUAGGCAAUUCUAUUAGAAAUAGCGGGAGGCAUUAUGGUAACCAUUGUUGAUCACCUUGUAUUAUGUUUUUACAUUAUCUAUUAUGUCCACCGUUUUGAUUUGACCGACUCUGUUCUGUUAUGUCACAUUUGGUUUUACUCUCUUCCAAAAAAGUAAUAAGAACUGUGGGAGCAAUAAAACCCAAAGUGUGUAAUAGUCAUUGUACAAAAGAGAGGAAAAGAAAGUGCUCUAAAUGAUAUAACUGCAUGUAUAUUUAAGUGUAUAAGAUAGAAAAUGAUAUCACUGAGUUUUAUUGGAUCAUUGAACAGAACUGUUUGCAGUAUCAUUGUUGGAAUGUCCACUUUACAAGCUUUAAUUUUGUGACUUGAACAAUUAUUUCUAAGAUGACAAUAUGUAAUCCAUUAACUAGUGAUUUCCUACUGUUUAUUUUUUUCUGUAAAUCUGUAUAACUUGUACCCUUUCUCUGCUUUUUUUUCUCCUUAAAUAAAAUU